AUGUGCUCCAAUCAGGACCCCUCCCAGCCAAAGAAGAAAGAGACUCGUGCUGGCACACGUAGAGUAACAUCGCUCACCGCAGAGCAACUGGAGAGAAAGCGCGCCAACGAUCGUGAGGCCCAGAGAACUAUUCGACAACGAACAAGAGAGCAUAUUGAGCGACUCGAACUUCAAGUGGCGGAGCUGAAAGCCAAGGGCGAUAAAUUCGACGAGGUUGUGCGGCGAAAUGCUCUACUGGAGACUGAGAUUAGAGCGUUAAGACAUCAGUUAUCCAUGGCAACAGGGAGUCCAGGGUACCAGAGCUUAGAAGAGCCGUAUAGCCAACAACAGGCCUCGCUUAUACCGUCCCCUCAAUAUCCCGAGGCCCUUGGAACGAAUCCGUCAUCUAGGACGCCGUCGGCUCUGUCGACGGCGAGUCAGAUCUCGACUUCGCGUGAGUGGCCGCCUUACGGCUCAGCUCGCUCUCCUUCAAAAUGCGAGUCUUCGGAUUCGGAGUAUCCGGUCAAAGUCGAGCCCUGGGGCUACGAAAGUCAUUCGCAAGUGCCUGCACCGAUGUCCGUCCAACACCCGCACGUCGGUUAUCACCCUCAGAAUACUACGCAUCUACCGGAGCCCAGCUACCAACCGUAUCAGCAGAUGUAUCAAGGUCCAAGUCCUCGAGCGGCCGGGGUAGAAAUACCGCCCCAAAAUCAGCAUCACCCAGACGUAUCGUACGAGUCGGCUCAGCGACCUGUGUCAGCACCAACAGAGAGCCCAACAGCUCCAUAUCCCACUCUGCACCCACCAACACAUUAUCAACAAUUACCGACACAUACCGCCCAAAUUCCGAGGAGCGGCUUUGAAUACGACUGGGUUCCGCGGUCGCUAUGGCGAGACACUAAACCCGAUGGUCGAGCUGGCCAGGUCACACCCUGUGCGACGACACGCCGCGAGGCAAAUCCGCUAAAUGUACCAUAUUCUGCUGGUUGCUUCUCGGUGCCUGAAGCCACCAGCCCCGUGCCCACAUCGGAUCACCCGAAUAUUCGAUUCAGCGCGUCGAAGCUUAUCCUACGUUCAGGCAUGUUCUGCGAUCAGCGACAAGCGAGAUUUGCCAACCCUGAUAUCUGGGCCAUGGGCUCCUCAUAUUCUGAAAAUCUUUUUCACAUUCGUGCCUGGGGCUGGAGACCGCUUAUUGGUCGGUUCUGA